AUGUAUGAGCAGAACGAGCGGAGUGGACCGGGGUUGGUGCCGGCGCCGCAGCCGUCGCGCGUCCUGUUCGACGCCGGCCCGCUCUCAGACUCGCCGGCGUGUGGCUUCUCCACGCUCUCCCUCGCAGACCAGAUGAGUCUACUGCAGAGCGCAUGGAUGGAGAUCCUGAUCCUGCGUGUGGUCUACCGGUCGCUCUCCUUCGAGGACAAGCUGGUCUACGCCGAAGACUACAUCAUGGACGAGGACCAGUCCAAGCUGGCCGGCCUGCUGGACCUCAACAACACCAUCCUGCAGCUGGUGAAGAAGUACCGCACCAUGAAGCUGGAGAAGGAGGAGUUCGUCACCCUCAAGGCUAUAGCUCUCGCUAACUCAGACUCCAUGCACAUAGAGGACGUGGAGGCGGUGCAGAAGCUGCAGGAUGUGCUGCACGAGGCGCUGCAGGACUUCGAGGCGAGCCAGCACAGCGAGGACCCGCGCCGGGCCGGCAAGCUGCUCAUGACCCUGCCUCUGCUCCGGCAGACCUCCACCAAGGCCGUGCAGCACUUCUACAGCAUCAAACAAGACGGCAAAGUCCCUAUGCACAAACUCUUCCUGGAGCUGCUGGAGGCCAAGGUGUGACUCCGCCCUCCCCCAGCUGCAGGCCCCUCCCCCAGCCACGAGAGAGGUGGGAGGGACUCGUCCCAGACUCCACCCCCUGUCUCCCCCCCCCCCUGCCACCGGGGCAGAUGGUACAGCCCCACCACCGGUGGGACCUUUGUCUAUAAACUGUAAUGAAUAAUGACAAGAAGCAUAACCCUAAACGGUACUCUUAACUAUUGAUGAUGACUAUACUUAUAAGAAUGACUUUAAAAAUGUGAUCACUGAGAGAGAAAAAAAAGAAUUAAAAUGAAAAACGAAUGAAAAACACACAAACAAAACAAAAACAAAGAGACAAAGAGACUGCUCGAGUUGUUUAGCAGUGGGACUUUGAACCAACUUUCAACUUCUCAGAUUCUAAUGCAGUUUUUUGUGCUAUGGAGACAUUUUGUUGUUGAUUUUCACAAAGAUUUCUGGAGCCGUGAAGAGAGCUGCCCUGCCAAAGGAUUGAGGUCCACCCAGUGGACGCGUGCAAACAUCACCAUCCGCCCAGUACCCCCCCCACACCCCCCCACCCAACCCCCAACGACGCGAGAGUGGACUAGAGCCGCUUCUCACAGUAACACCCAUCGCUGUCUAUUUACAGAGUGCAGUAUUAACACUAAUGUCAUUGGAGAGGUUCAAUAAGUGGUAGCCAAACUGAGAUUUCGUUGAUUUUGUUUUAGAAUGCUGCUCAUCGUGUGUUUUAUUUUCUUUUUUUUUUCUCAGAUAUAGAUCUGUUGCAACCAUGUUGAUUCCUGGAUCGUUUUUUUCCCCCAAGUCUUCCAAAAUAAUUCAGACACUUUUAGCGAUUUUAUUCUUUUUGUUUUCAGGGAAUAUAGCCUAAAAUGUAUUCACUCAUGAAAUACGACACCUGAGGCACUGCAAUCAACAAAGAACAGACUAACUUAUUUAUUAUAAUUUUAGUUUAUUUUCUCCUGUUUUUAUUAUAAUAGUGGGUGUAAAUAUAUUAUAGGAUUAUCAUGCAAGGUUUUGUUUAUAUUGUGUUAAUAAUUGUCCAUAUAUGAUUUUUCUAUGAGCUUUACCACUUGCAGCGAUAACAAAUGACUUGUGAAAACUGCUAUUUUCUCCAAGCAAUAGACGUUUAAAUGAAGGUGCAUAUGUAUGCAAGUUCUGUUUGUCCCAGUUUGUGAGGAAUGUCUCAUGGUUCCAGAAGCCUCUCCUGUUCUGUCUGUCCUUGCUAGUACUGUCUUAUGAUUAAUUCCACUACAAAGUGAGAUAGGCCAUACUCGUAGAGAGGAGAACAUACACACCUUUUCCCUUUGUUUACCAGAAGUAUCAUCGCAAACAAAGAAUCAAACAAACAAACAACCACAAAACAACAGCUUUUGCCGUCCAAACUCACCGGGAAUCUAAAUCCAGAGAUAUCAAAUCAAAAUAGCACUUAGGGGAAAAAUGAACUCAACCUAGUGUGGAGAAACGUUUUUAUUCCAGCUUGGUCUUAUUACCAUCCACUGCAACAGAGAGGGAUACCAGCAUUGGUUGAGAGACUCCGUGUAGCAAAACUAGUCCAAAAUGUCAACUUUGUACAGUUAAAAGGCUGAGGGACAAGGCAAGUAGACUCCAUCAUCCAUUAGAGCAAACCAGGCCGUAUUUGCAAAUGGGUUUUCUCCUGAACCUUCAUAAACAUUGUAUAUUGUAAAUUAACAGAUUAUAAAUCUAACCUAAGACAUUUUAUUGGAACAAAAUGAAAAAGAAAAAAAAAGAAAAAAAUGUAGUUCAGCUUCUUGAUGUUUCAUGUCUGCUGUGUUUUUCUUUUUCCAAAAAAAAAUAUUUUAUUUCCUUUUUGCUUCCCUUCUGUUAAAUUCAAAGAUGUUGUUGUGUACUUCUCGUGGUGAUUGCAGUAGUCGUGGCGUAUGCUUUUUUUAGACACAGGGUAGAGGUAGAGACAAUACUGGAUGUAAGAACCCUCAGGAGACCAUGGCGGCACGUUCUCAAAUAACUUUCUGGUAAAAGACUCUUCCUAGGUACUGCUAGAUCAACAGAUCCAAGAUCAAUAUAAUCUAUACCGAUGUAUAAGUGAAUAACAGUUAUUUAAAGGAAGGAACAAACAUAUAUAAAAAGGGAUAAUUUGUGUAACUCUUUCUUGUAGACUAACAAUGUAUAUCUUAGGUUAAAAGGAAAAAAGCAUUUGAGUACUGCAGACCAGUAGCAGAAUUUUUUAACAAACUCGCUGUACAUAAGGCCCUCCCUUCUAAACAACUCGGUUGUUAUAUUAACUUUACUCUUUGAGAUUGCAAAGGGAAAAAUACCUUUUUUUUCUCUUUUGUUUUUGGUGUAAACCAAUUUCCAAACUUAUCGCUUUAAAAACUUUGUGUGCUUAAUAAAAUGAAGAAAAAAAAAUAAUGAAAAGAACAGAUCAUUUUUCAAGUACACCGGGCUUGGGCGGAGGGAGGGUUGUGGGUUUUUGAUUUCAUUUUUCUUCAGUCUUGUUCUCUAAAUGCUGUGUAUCUAUCAUUAGCUAUACAGAACUAUAAAUAGAUAGUGGUUGGGGAGAGGUAUCUGUAAUGUGAUUCUAGACCUAAUCAUCCAUAGAAACCCAUGAGAUGGUCGAUACCUGGAGGGCUCCUACCGAUUGGGCGAAAUGUUGGCAAUAUUUACAUACACAACUCCUGGCUGAAAGGUGCUGAUUUUACUUUUGUCUUUUUUUAUUUCUUUAUAUUUUUCUGUCUUUAUGAUAUGAUAUUUAAAAACAACAUAUACCAGACAUUUAAGGGGAUGAAAGAUAGAACAUUGUGUCUCUCAACAGCGAUUUAAGCUGAAUUCAAUUUGAACUGUACUGUAGUUUAGGAGACAAAAGCAAUUGAAGAUUUUGAUCCUUCAAAGCCACAUAAUGUCCUCGAAUAUUGCAGCCAGCAGUCUCAACCUGCUUCAAACUAUCUCCAUCCUCGGAGGCACCAAUUUGUCAUGUAUACUUGAGGACAAUGCAGUUACCAUAAGCGCAACACAUAGCAUACUGAACAAAAUUUUUUUGUAAAAAGUUGUCACCAUAUAUAUAUAUUGUUGGACAGCAUUACAACUCUUAUCAGCUUAAAUCAUUCUGAGAAGGUUUCGCUAUGUGUCUUUCAACACCUUACUCACGUAUACCAAUAUAGAAAGACGUUUAAAAGUAGAGUAGCCAUACCUACAAUUUUUUCCAACAUAUUUUCUUAUUUAAAGCAGUAUGACUGUGCAACCACCAGCAGUUGCACCUCAUGUUUCAAUUAGAUCAAAAUGCAGUAUUUAACUGGAGUAUUUUGCAAUUAAGAAAUAGUAGGAUUAAUGAAAAAUGUACAAAAACAACUGCUAUUUUUUAUUAUAGAAGAGGUGAAGGGUGUCGGUGGUUCUUCUGUAUGCACCAGUAUGUCUGUCUGCUGAGCUGGAAGGCGUUCAGAGCAGAAUGACAUGCCUCUUUGGGAGAUACCGAGAGAAAGAGAGAGACAGAUAGAGAGAGAGAGAGAAAGAGCGAGAGGGCAAGAUGAAGAGGUGAAACAAGAAAAAGGGAAGCAUUUUCAACGCUUAAAAAAUACAAUUAAAAUAAUAAUAAUAAUAAUAAUAAUAAUAAUAAUGACGAUAACAAUGAAAUUUCCAACCAGGAGUUGCUGAAACAGCCCGUAGUGAGAACCAUGUGUGUAGUUCUAGAUGUGUUCCACAUCUGUAAAACGAUUAACUGUAUAUUUUUGUGAUGUGUAUCAUGCGGUGUGCUCCAGCAAUAUGUCCAUUUGUGUAAAUGUAUUUAUUUUACAUUGUAUAUAUUGUUCAAUGCAAAAAGAGAGACCUAUGGUUCUGUAACUACGAUCAGUUCAGAUGUGUAACUCCAAUUAUGCCUUUCAGGAUGAUGGUAGAGCAAUAUUAAACAUGCUUCCAGUUUUGA